AUGAAUUUAAGCACCACAGUAGGCAGUUGCCAAUCGCUAACAUCCACAUCAAACCGAUCGAUCAUGGAUUCCGAUGGCAACAAACUACACGUAGUUAUGUUCCCAUGGCUAGGGUUCGGUCAUAUGAUACCAUUCUUGGAGCUUGCCAAGUCCAUCGCCGUUAGGGGUCACAAAGUCUCCUUUAUCUCCACCCCAAGAAACAUCCAACGCCUCCCCAGACUCCCUCCAAACUUAGCCACUCACAUACACUUUGUCCCUCUCACUUUGCCCAACGUCCACGGUCUGCCUCACAACGCCGAGGCCACCAUGGACGUUCGCGGCGACCAGAUUCAGUACCUCAAGAUCGCCUUCGACGGCCUCGAAACUGAUUUGACUCGGUUCCUCUACAACUCAUCUCCUGAUUGGAUUCUUCACGAUUUUCUUCCUUACUGGUUGCUACCAAUCGCAGCUAAACUUAACAUCUCGUGUGCCUUCUUUUCAAUUAUCAAUGCAUGGUUCAUAGGUUUCUUUGGACCCACUUCGGGAUUGAUUGACGGUUCUCAUCCACGGACAGAGCCCGAGCACUUCACCGUCCCGCCGGAGUGGGUUCGGUUCCCGACAAAGGUAGCGUAUCGCCUCCACGAGACACCCUUUAUCAUGGGAGCGUUUGAACCCAACGAGUUAGGGGUUUCGGACAUGUACCGAGUGGGAAUGACCUAUGCCGGGAUUGACGCUUUUUUUAUGCGACACUGUGAGGAGUUCGAACCAGAAUGGUUGAACGUGCUCCGAGAGCUUUACGGCAAACCUGUGAUUCCAGUGGGUUUAAUGCCUCCCACGGUGCAGGAUAGCGGAGAGGAGAGAAAUGAAGCGUGGGUUUCCAUUAGUGAGUUGCUGGGUAAGCAAAAGAAAGGCUCUGUGGUUUACGUAGCACUCGGGAGUGAGGUGACACUGAGUCAGGAGCAACUCACGGAGUUGGCUCUUGGGUUGGAGCAAUCUGGGUUACCCUUCUUCUGGGCACUGAGAAAGCCACCCGGCUUGGACGAGUCUGACUCGGUUGAGUUGCCGGUUGGGUUCGAGGAGCGAACCAGGGGUCGUGGAGUUAUUUGGACGGGCUGGGCGCCACAACUCAGGGUACUGGGUCAUGACUCGGUGGGUGGUUUCCUGACCCACUGUGGUUGGAGUUCCAUCAUAGAGGGACUCAAGUUUGGGCUCCCACUUAUCAUGUUACCCUUUGUGGUAGAUCAAGGGUUGAAUGCUAGGGUGUUUGAAGAUAAAAAGGUUGGGAUAGAGAUACCGAGGGACGAACGAGACGGGUCGUUUACGAGGAACUCAGUGGCUGAGUCGGUGAGGUUGGUAAUGGUUGAUGGUGAGGGAACAAUUUACAGGGACAACGCAUGGGAGAUGAAGAAGAUAUUCGGAGACAAAGAAGGGCAAGACAGAUACAUAGAGCCCUUUCUAGAGUUUCUUGAAAAGCAUAGGCGUGUGCUCGAGGACAGCUGAGUUGACACCGACUCGACUCGUCACUCAGGCACCAGUACUAUUGUACUGUUCAAUUUGAUUUGGAUUGUAAUGUAAAUCAGUAUUGUAUUUGAUUUGGAUUGUAAUGUAAUGGAUUUUCAUAAUUCAGUUCGUCUGUUUUUUAAAAUUUGUACUCGUCCGCUGCCUUACUGUCUGUAACUGACAUUCGGUGAUGGAAGCCCCCCCACAUCACAUGUGUAUCUGACUCAGUGAGCCCCGUCAGGCGUUAGUGGUA